GAGGCGUCCCCAGGUGGCGCUGAUCCGCCCUGAACCCCGCCUCAGGUGCCCGGGGGGCUGUCAGGACAGGCUCCACCGAGGGGCUUCAGCUUGAGGGCAGAGAGAGAGAGAGAGAGAAAGACGGGGCUUUGAGAGAGCCGUGGGUGCCGCGCCGAGGCGGGAUCCGGGACGGCGAGAUCGUGGGCGCUGGCAGAGGGGCGGGGAGGGAUCCGGCGCGCAGGUGUUGGCCAGAAGGAUCCCAGCAGGAAGGAAGGAAGGAAGGAAGGAAGGAAGGAAGGAGGCAGGCAAGGAAAGGAAAGAAAAGGAAAGGAAGGAGAGCCGCGGUGGGUCGGCUCCGCGCGUGGAUCCGGCUUUAGGGCGUCGCCGUCCGGAGGCGGCGGGGGUCCGGAGCGGAGCAGGAGCACGUGACUCGGGGGAGACGACGACGACCCCCUCCCCUCUCGGUUGGGAGGCAGAGAGAGAGAGAGAGAGGCAAGGAGCGCCUUCUUCUUCUCCUCCUCGUCGUCGUCGUCCUCCUUCCCCGCCGCCGCCGCCUGCUGCUGCUCCUUCUCGGGCGGGCCUGGCGGGGCGAGGAUGUGGUGGUGGGACGCGCGGGUGUCGGCGCUCUUCCAGCGGCACCUGCAGCCCACGCUGACCUACUGGAGCGUCUUCUUCAGCUUCGGCCUCUGCCUCGCCUUCCUGGGGCCCACGCUGCUCGACCUGCGCUGCCAGACCCAGAGCUCCCUCUCCCAGAUCACCUGGGUCUUCUUCUCCCAGCAGUUCUGCCUCCUCCUCGGAAGCUGCUUGGGGGGCAUCUUCAAGCGGAAGUUGGCUCAUUCUCUGCUUGCCCUCUUUGCAUCAUCGCUUGCUAUCUCGGUGGUUUUUGCCAUCAUCCCCAUCUGCCACAAUGUGGUGGUCCUCGCAGUGGUCAUGGCUAUGGCGGGGCUGGCCAUGGGGUGCAUCGAUACACUCUCAAAUAUGCAGUUGGUGAAGAUUUAUCAGAAGGAUUCAGCUGUCUUCUUGCAGGUCCUUCAUUUCUUUGUGGGUUUCGGUGCUCUGCUGAGCCCACUGAUAGCUGACCCAUUUUUGUCAGACACCAAUUGUAUCUUGGCGAAUGGCACUGCAACUGGCAAUGACAACCUCCCUCACAUCCGGAAGUCUCUGGUCCCCCAUCAUCCUGGGAACCUGUCCAGUUAUGACCUGCCUACCAAAGGACUGGUGGUGACACGAGUAUCCUAUGCCUUCUGGAUUAUGGCUUUGAUCAAUCUGCCUGUCCCCAUUGCCGUGUUCCUGUUGCUCUACAAGGAAAGGCUGGUGCCGUGCUGUCACAAGAACAGCCCCCCAUUGCUGCCAGCAGAUGAACUGGCCCUGGAAACCCGGGCAGCCGACGGGGAUGAGUCUUCCACUUCCUCUCCAAAAAUUCAAACAGAAUUAGGCCAUAAUGAUCUCUUUGGAUGCUGCCAGAGCAAGAACUUCAGAGGAGCUCCUUAUUCUUACUUUGCUGUCCAUGUGACCGGAGCUCUUCUUCUCUUCAUGACUGAUGGAAUCAUGGGGGAGUAUUCUGGUUUUGUGUACAGCUAUGCUGUGGAGGAACCCCUCUCUAUAGGGCACAAGAUGGCUGGCUAUUUGCCUAGUCUCUUUUGGGGUUUCAUCACUUUGGGCAGACUCAUCUCCAUCCCGGUCUCAUACAGGAUGAACCCUGCAACCAUGGUUUUCAUCAAUGUGGUUGGGGUGCUUAUAACAUUCUUCCUACUACUGAUCUUUUCCUACAGUGUGGUCUUUUUGUUUGUGGGGACUGCUUCUCUUGGCCUGUUUCUCAGCAGCACUUUCCCCAGUGUGCUGGCUUACACUGAAGACAUCCUUCAGUACAAAGGCUGUGCUACUACUGUGUUGGUGACAGGAGCAGGAGUUGGAGAGAUGGUUCUGCAGUUACUGGUUGGGUCGAUCAUUCACGAUCAGGGCAGUUACAGUUUCCUGGUCUGUGGAACUAUCUUUGGAGCCUUGGCCUUUACUUUCUACAUCUUCCUUCUAUUCUUCCACAGGAUGCACCCACAGCCCCAGUCAGAUAUAGAUCUGUCACCUGACAAGUCACCACCAAUAGCUGAACCCGGACUUUAUCAGAGCUAAAUGAAGCCUUGAGUUUGUAUUUGGAUCAAGCACAAUGUCACUCUCCAAUUGAAAGAAUUGCUCUCACCGCCUGUUUUCAAACUACCUGAAUUUUCUACAAUCAAACUUGUUGGAUAUGACUUGUUCCCAUCAACCAGUCAUCCAUUACCAGAGAAGGUUCACUGCAGCAGGAACUAAGAGAAAAACUGCAACAUUCUAGAAGGGCUGAAAAUUUUGAUACGUGAAAGCAUAAACUCCUCUGGUGCACUCCUGAAUGUCCGUCCAGGAGCGCAGGUGGUGGGGAAAAUGUAUUGAUGUCAUUUUACAGGCCUCAAGUGAGAGGUCUCCUAGGUUUUUAUAUUCACUGUAAACAGGAGGCAGCUACAGGUAGUGGGCAUCAUUUCCUCAUUUGGUAAACAGCAAACUAUUUGCUACUGGGUAAUUUUUAAACGCCCUCUAAUCCCAGGUCUUUGAUACAGCCAACAAGAUUAAGAAAAAAAUGCAGUGAAUCACCCAAUCAAAUUGAAAUACUGAAAUCUUACGGUUUGCUGCGGCCACACAGUGGGAAGUAUGAUAGCUUGAGCUGUGUUGACAUUUCAGAAUUAGCACCUUAGAAUGAAUAAGAUCUGUGGGCUGCCCUAUUAGGCAGAACAGACUAACUCCUGAAGUACAUGAAGCCAAAUGUCAAGGCCUUUCCAUUUGUGCAAUAUAAUAGGUGCCUUCUAGGAGCAGCACUUUUGAGAGGUACUGAAUGUCCAGAUCGUGGUGGUCAUUUUUAUGACUGCUAUAAAUGAAGGUAUUGGGAUAGUCUAAGAUAGAGCUUUAGCAGAAUUAAGUUGGUUUUGUUACAAAUGCUGUCCCACAGAUAUACAUGUGUAUGUAUAUAAAGGAAUGUUUUAAUAUUGUUCUCGUCGCAUGAACUCGUGGAGUGACUUUUAAGAUGGGACCUAGCAACUUCACUCAAGCAGAGCUAUUUUUUCCCCAAGAGGCUUGUUGCACUACUCAUUUCAAAAUUGUACAUUUAUACUAAAUUUGUGUUGCCAUUUGGCUUUACAGAUUGCAAUGUUGCAUGGGUAUGCACACUCAUUUUUGAUUUUCAUGUCGUCCAAUUAAUAUACAUCUUCCUUGAUUACAGAGCUUGUGUGUUCUUGGGGCCUUAAGUUACAUGGACACUAAGGGACCGUUUGUGCCUGCUAGUUGGUGGAAGUUUCAGAUUAGGAUACAGAACCAGGUGGACAUUAAUCGGAUCAGCAAAACAUAGUCUUAUGUGGUCAUGAGUAAAGCAACUUCAGUAAAAGAGAUGAUAGCUGUUAAGAAUUAUAAGGAAUGUGUAGAAACUGUACUCUGUCCUCCAAAGAGAAAAAAAAAAGAAUCUCCUGCCAUUUUGGGUAAAACAAUAAAAACAUAUUUCUUCAUAAAUUAAGAUUUCAAACUUUUAGCUAUAUCAUAUCUGCAGGGAGAUAGACAGGCAUAAGACCAACUUUACACAAACUUGUUCCUGUAACAGUAUUUUAAGGAGUUUAACAUGUGACUAUGUAAAACAACAAUUAGAAGUAUGUAUUUUGAAGUCAAAAUUGAGUGGAAUUUCAAGAUUAUUCUAAUGUAAAUCAUGUAUAUUUUAUUAGAACAAAGACAUUGAAUGUGUGUGGCAUAAAACCAUCUCCUGCCAAGUAAUGGGCAGGCAUUUCACAGAAGAAGAAAAAACAACUGACUUUUUGUCCUCUACCCAUUCUGUCCAUUUUUCUUUUCGUGUUAGGAGCAACUUGAGAAACUGCAAGUCACCAAAGGACAGCUGAGAAAACUUAAAUUUGGCACCCAAGCACUUACACUGGCAUGGCAUGCUGCAUUGGAUGCCUAUCAAGCACACUUCUCAGAAUAAAAUUGUUGUGAUGGUUGCA